AUGUCUGGCCAUGACGAAAUUCAUUAUAACUACUCCACAACAAACAAUACCCGGGCUGCCAAUCGACCUAAGGCCAAACAGUCACACAAGUCCACCAAGCGUGGCAUACAACCUGUCCCUGACAUGGCAGAUGACAAGGGGCCGCCACCGAAGCGCCAGAAGGGGUCGUUCAUUACUCAGUUUCAGGCUGGAGAUCCCCUUGCCGGUGUCGACGAGGGCAAGAGCCGUAGCACAUCUACUACUGCAUCUGCUGCUAUCUCUCGUUCCAAUUCUCAUGCUAGCGACGUCACCUUCCCUUCUGAAGCACUUGGCGAUGGUCUUCUUGCGGCGACAUUGGCUUCUCGAGGAACUACAGCUCAGAACCUGCGCUUCACAGGGCCAAUCAACGAGCAUACCGACUUCACCACCAGCUUACCUGAGGAUGCUUUGGCAGGGUUCGACGGCUUGCCCCUCCCAGCCCGUGUGCUUGAGGCAGACGAUGUGGAGGAUGGUGUGGAUGCGGCAUCUCGUAAUACAAAUGUGGAGCAGCUGCGAGCAUUUGCUGAUGGCCACACUCCGGCUGUCUAUGCCAAUUGCGUCAUUGAACGAUACGGACCACCUUCAACAACACUUAGGGAUCGCGACCUGUGUACCAAGUGCUGUCGCGAGCGUCAUAUGUCCAUGCCCUUUCAUCGCGUUCGCUAUCUUCGUGGAGUGCAGUAUGGCGAGGCGUGGCUACGAGACACCGGGGUCUUUAUCCAACUCUGCCCAGUGGCCAAAGGCACGAGCAUGUGUCCAGGCUACACCUCGGGCGAUUUCGCUCUCCCUGAAGACUUCGACUCGCGCUCUCCACCCUCCUAUGGCGGGGCGCGCGAAGCUGCGGGAAACCCACCUCCUGUUCAGAAGCGAUCCAGUGACGCAGGGCAGCAGGGUGAUGAGGACUACAGUUGGAUGGGCGGCUCCGGCGGCUCCGGCGGCUCCGACGGCUCCGCCUUUAUGCCUGAUGAUCCAGACGAUGAUCUGCUCCCAAGCGAUAAUCAAGGGGCAGAGUUGGAUGAGGGUGAAGCAGAUGGAGAGCCGAUCGAGCCUGCUGCAAUCGACGACCGAGACGUUCCUGGCUCGGAGGAGGGAACUGCGAGGACGCGCGGGAAGCAGGCGAGGUUGAGGAAGGAUCCGCGCGGGCUCCCGAUUAUGGUCAUUGUUGACAAAACCGACAUACAUCAGCUGGGCGUGGCGUUAUGCAAAUGCAGGGAGGGUGUUAACGUUUCAUACGACCAGCAGUUGAUCAAACUGGGUGGCCUCAUGCCAGCUACGCCUUCAAAUCCCGGCACAUGCUUCACUCUUGAGGCUUUGUUCUAUCUCCAAAUCGAUCGUCUCGAGUGCAAGCUUGCUCCGCAGGCCAUGAUGCGGCGUCUACGACGGAAUACCUGUCCGCUACACCCCAGUACUGUACCAGAUCGCUAUCUCGAAGGACUUCGUGUGCUUCGCGAAUGGAACAUCAUUCAAAGCUUGAUCACUCAUGGCUUCGCACACCAGCCCAUGGAGACAUGGGAGCCGCCAGGUCCGGGUGAACUCUUUCAUUCAUGUGUUGUUUGCCCCUCGAAAAAGAACCUCCCGAGGGGUUACCUAAACGAUCCAAACUCAUGGGGAUACUUUUGGGCGUUCGUGCACGAUGGGAACUUCAAUGGCCAACAUACGGUCUCUCGACAACCUGGCAACAACGUGCCAAUCUUUCCUGGCACAGGAGCCUUCCAACAUCCGGACGAGGCAAAGCGUGACCUAGCAUCUGUCAAGACCGACCAGCAGAUUCGGAAGGAAGCCGAGCACUUGUUCGCAAAGGACCUGCCCUGUCACAAACACGUCGCGGCUCAAAUCACAGGCAAGUCUCGCGACAAGGUAACCGACAUAAAGGGUAUUGGGGCGUGGGCGUGUGCUAGACACGGCGAGUUCUGCGCAGGCGGGACUUGCAAUUACGAACUCGGUGAAGCGUCCGGACCCGCCGAUGUGGCCUUGAACAACACUUUUAAACUCAACACCGACCUCACCUUGCUCGAGCGGAUACAACUGCUGUAUGACAUCUGGUGCCGCUACGGCAUUCAUCUACAGGAGCGGUUUAAUCGCUCCCCGAAUCUAACGUGGCCAGAGUUCAAAGAAGUCAUGGGCAGUGUCGGAGUCUGGCACAUCUACGGGCAUGUGUUGGAAUGCUAUGGGCGCUGGUCUAACCUGUAUGCUCGGCGCACAGGUAUUGUUGACGGAGAGAUCCUCGAGACACUAUGGAGCAUUCUGAACCAGAUUCUUGAGUCUUGCCGGGGAAUGUCCCUUGCCAAUCGCGAGGAGGUUAUCAGCAUGUUCGAAUCUGAUAGCAAUCAUAAGAAGAACUUGGCGAUGGUUGACACACUCGUGCGGAAGUUCGAGAAGUACUACGCCGAGGAGCAGGAGCGUGCCAAGCUGGUCGAGAAGUUAUCCGAAUGUACGACAAAGGAUAAUGUCCAGGAGUGGGAGAACGAAAGACGAAUCUUCGAGCGCGACAGGAUCACCGAUCCCACUGCAGCCGACCGCUUUUUCAAAACUGACCAGCAUCAGGUGCCCUCCCGCAAGGACGCCGAGCUACACUUGCUCGAGGAGGAAGCCAAAAAGCCGGAAGGAAAGGGCUUAGCAAAAGCUAUUAUUGAUGCCGUCGCUCUUCAAGUGGAUCAAUUGAAACUUCAAGCACUAGAUAAACAGGCAUCGUCACCGGCAGAGAUGAGGACUAUAGCUUCGACUCGCACCAAGAUACACAACCGCGUAAACAAGUCGCGAGCCGCUAUGUCAAUUGCGUUGGAUUCCGAACCUGUCGAGAGCGAGCUGAAAGUCAUCCGCUUGCGAAAGCUGAUGGAUGAAGAUGAGUGGGGAGCCGCCCUGGAGCCGCGGGCGGGUCCAGGGAGCCGCGGGAGCCGCGCCCUGCGCACAGGAGCCGAGUUUCGGCCUGUCGAUUUGCCUUCAUCUCGUGGUGAGGCCUGGCGCAGCGCAUGCUUGACGGAGGCGACUGGAGAAGAGAUAAUGCUUAGACGACGUGCGAUGGCCAUAGAGGUGGAUGUCCUCAUCGCCCGGAUGAACGAGACUCUGGGUCAGAUUCGAACUCGCAUGGUCGACCAAGCUAACACGUAUCUUCAUCGCAUUCGCUCCCGCAACGGAAACGCCAACCACGGCUACCACCAGCAAAACGUAGCAUACAAGGAUGCGCAAGACCAGGGGAAAGCUGUUCGUUUGAACGCCCAGAUCUACAACAUAUGUCGCGAGAAGCUAGCCAUGCUGAAAUGGGACACCACUGCCGAGACGGACGCACGCUUUAAGACCCUCCUCGCAAACUAUCAAUACCUGACGCCCGAUCACCUGAAGUGCUCGACUGCGACGUACAGUACGACAGGAACAUCGUCGCAGUUUACCUUGCCAUGGUUCUGGCGGAUGGUCUCCAUGACUGCGAGGGAAACUGUUGAAGAGGCACAAAGGAAGGAUGAGGAGUUUGUAGCUAACUGUAAGUACUUGGCACCUUCAACGCCGUCCCCAGACUGA